AUGAGUAGUUCAACUACACCAUUUUGUGGUGACGAAGGGUUCUCAGUAUGGCAUAAUGGAGAUUUCAAUAUUUGUUUUGAAGAUACAGUUCUAAUGCUGAUACCAGCAUUGUUUAUAUUGGUGUUUGGAGGUGUCCAGCUUUGGAAGCUGGCGCUCAAGCCAAACCUGACAAACUACCAGCAGAUGUACGGAGAGUUCCGUACUUGGAAGCGUUCUUUACAGUUGGAGAUUAUAGUUUCAUUGUUACUCGUAGCAUGGAAACUGUUAUUUAUGGUCGUUGAAAUAUCGAUCGUUCGUGCUCCAUACAAAUGGGUGUACACCAUCAUCACACUCUUGCAGUGGGCAUUCAGUGCAUACCUCGUUUUCACAGAGCUCAAAAAAGGUGUAUCUCGGUCAUGGAAAAUCAGAGUAUUUUGGAUCGUUGCCUUUUUAGUUGCCACCAUUAAAAUGCGUACUCUUACACUUGUUACCGGUGUUUUGUUCUACGAAAACAAUUUCUCAUAUUCAAGAUUGACACCGUUGCAGGGAGAAAAGAAUGCAAAUCUUUUCUCUAGAAUCACAUUCUGGUGGAUCAAUCCAGUUCUUAGAAAGGGAUAUAAAGAUCCGUUGGAUAUGAAGGAUGUGCCAUCGCUCACCGAGAUCGAUUGGGCACACAAUCUCUCUGAGAAGUUCGAAGCCGCUUGGGAAUACCAAUUGACUCAACCGAAACCAUCGUUGAUCAAAGCACUCUCCAAGGCAUUCGGUCCACAUUUCUAUGUGGCCGCUUUCUUUAAGAUCGUGCAAGAUUCACUGUUGUUUGUCGGUCCUCUCCUGUUGAAACAAGUGUUGACAUUCGUCAAGAGUGACAGCGACACUCGUGAUACCUACAACGGUAUGCUCUUUGUUCUCUUUUACUUUUUGACACCGGUCAUCCAGUCGCUCACACUUCACCAGUACUUCCAUCGUUGUUACCGUGUCGGAAUGUGGUUGCGUUCUGCCGUUGUAACUGCAGUCUACAAGAAGGCGUUGCGUAUCAGUUUGCGUGAGGGUACAACCGUCGGUGAGAUUGUCAAUCUCAUGUCGGUGGACGCACAACGUUUCAUGGAUCUCUGUCCAUAUCUUCAUAUGAUCUGGUCGGCUUUCUUCCAGAUUGCAGUUGCCAUCUUCCUUUUGUAUCGUGAGAUCAAUGUAGGUAUUUUCGCUGGUUUGGCAGUGUUGAUUUUGAUUAUUCCUCUGAAUUUGGCCGUUUCCAACAUGGCCAAGAAGAGAACUGGUAUGGCCAUGAAGCUAAAGGACAAGAGAAUCAAGGCUGUCAAUGAAGUACUCAAUGGUAUCAAGGUAAUCAAGCUUUACUCUUGGGAGCAAUCAUUCAUGGAUCAUGUCAACGAGAUCAGAAACAACGAGUUGGGUAUCAUGACUGUGAUCAAGUACAUUCAAGGUUUCUCGCUUUUGCUCUGGUCGAUGAGUCCAAUCUUUGUGUCCGUUACAUCGUUCGGUGUGUUCAUUGCACUCAAUGGUAAGCUCACUGCUUCCAUUGCAUUCCCAGCACUCUCUUUGUUCAACGUCAUGCAAUUCCCAAUCAAUAUGUUACCAAUGGUAGUCAGCAACAUUAUUGAAGCAAGUGUUAGUGUUACCCGUCUUCAAAACUUCCUUCUCAAGAAGGAUCUCGAUCCAAAUGUUGUAAAGCACGAUAUAAGAGAGCCAGACGUAGCCAUCAAGAUUGAAAAUGCCACCAUGGAGUGGGAGACCGGAAGAGAAACCCUCAAAAACAUCAAUCUCACCGUUAAGAAGGGAGAGUUGGUAGCAGUCGUCGGUCACGUCGGUAGUGGAAAGUCAUCGUUGGUCAGCUCAUUGGUAGGAGAUCUCGAUAAUCCACAAGGUUACAUUGGUAUCAAUGGAUCGAUUGCAUUGGUUGCCCAACAAGCUUGGAUCCAAAACGCUACACUCAAAAACAACAUUAUUUUCACCUCUGAACUAGACGAAGACAAAUACCAACGUGUCAUUGACAGUUGUAAUCUCAUUCCAGAUAUAAAGAUUCUUCCAGGUGGAGAUCAAACUGAAAUCGGUGAAAAAGGUAUAAAUUUAUCUGGUGGUCAAAAACAAAGAGUUAGUAUUGCAAGAGCUGUUUAUCAUAAUGCAGAUAUUUAUUUAUUUGAUGAUCCAUUGUCGGCAGUCGAUGCGCAUGUCGGAAAAGCAAUCUUCCAAAAUGUAAUUGGUAAGGGUGGAUUCUUAGCCGAUAAGACCAGAUUACUUGUUACACAUGGUGUACACUAUUUACCAUUUGUCGAUAGAAUCGUUAUGAUGAAAGAUGGUAGAAUCGCUGAGGAAGGUACCUACGAAUACUUGAUGAGUAUCGAUGGACAAUUCUCAAAUUUGAUGAAACAUCACGACAAUGCAAAGAAAGAAGAUGAACAAUCCGAAGAAUCAGAAGCCAACGAAGAGGAAGCUGAGAAUGUUGAUGAGAUUAUCGAGGAGGUUAUCGAAGAGAAGGAACACUCUGAUUUGGAAGAUAUUCCAAUCAGUGAGGAUCAAGGUUCAUCCGCUGACAAUGAAAACGAUCGUCAACGUUUGAUCACCUCAACUUCAUCGACAUCAUCAACCAACAUUCGUAGUAGCUCAGGCAAGAAGAUAAGAAAGUCAAGCAAUUCAAUUAGAGCCAGUAACUCAAAGGUUGCUACAUCGGCCAAGGAGGUGGAACCAAAGAACAACACCACUCAAGACAAAGACAAGCUGAUCGCUGCCGAGACUCGUCAAGAAGGAAAGAUCUCAAUGAAGGUAUAUUUAUCAUACUUUAGAGCAAUCGGUUGGGUAUUGUCCGGUUUCAUUUUGGUGAUCUACGUCAUUGUUCAAGCUCUCAGUAUUUUAGCAAAUUGGUGGCUUUCUCAGUGGACCAAUUCCGACUCAGACGAUGGUAGAUACUAUCUCUACAUUUACAUUGGUUUGUCCAUGGGUGCCGUCGUUGCAACUUUCUUCCGUUCCUACAGUAUGGUUUUCGCUUCGAUCAAGGGUUCCAAGAUGUUCCACGAAAAGAUGUUCAACGCUGUCAUUCGUUCACCAAUGUCAUUCUUUGACACCACUCCCCUCGGUAGAAUUAUCAAUCGUUUCGCCAAGGAUCAGAUGGUCAUCGAUGAAUCCAUUAGCAGAACUCUCGCGGUCUCGCCAUUUGUUAUUCUAGCAAUGAUUCCGAUUGCCGCUCUCUUUUAUUAUAUUCAGAGAUACUAUCUCAACAGCUCUCGUGAGUUGACUCGUCUCGAAUCGAUUUCACGUUCGCCAAUCUACUCUCACUUUGGUGAAACACUCUCUGGUGUCUCUACUAUCCGUGCUUUCGGUGAAACCACAAGAUUCGUUGAGGAGAACGAACGUCUAUUGGAUGAGAACCAAAAGUGUUACUAUAUCAAUACCAGUGCCAACAGAUGGUUGGCUCUUCGUUUAGAGUUCCUCGGUGCUUGCAUUGUAACCUGCACUGUUUUGUAUGCAGUUUUGGCAUCGAUUGGUCAUCAUAUUGAAGCCGGUACCGCUGGUUUGGUCAUCACCUAUGCACUCGCCAUCACCUCCAACAUGAAUUGGAUGGUCAGAAUGUCGUGUGAUAUGGAAAACUCUGUCGUAUCUGUCGAGAGAAUUCAAGAGUACACAAUGCUUCCAAGCGAAGCUGCACUACACAACGACAAGAGAAUCUCAAGCAACUGGCCAGAUCAAGGUGCCAUCGUAUUCCGUAAUCUCUGGCUCGCCUACAGAGAGGGAUUGGACCCAGUUCUCCGUGGUAUCAAUUGUCGUAUCGAACCAAAGAACAAGAUUGGUAUCGUCGGUAGAACCGGUGCCGGUAAAUCGUCUUUGACUCAAGCUUUGUUCAGAUUGGUCGAACCACUCGACGGAACCAUCGAAAUCGACGGAAUCAACAUCCGUGAGUUGGGAUUGAACGAUCUACGUAGUCGUAUAGCCAUCAUUCCACAGGACCCAGUACUGUUUGCCGGUACCGUUCGUAGCAAUCUCGACCCGUUCAACAAAUACACCGAUCUACAGAUCUGGGAGUCGUUGGAGCGUGCUCACUUAAAGACAGCCAUCCAAGAGUUGACUGGUGGAAUCGAUUCGCCAGUACAAGAGAACGGUGAGAACUUCUCAGUUGGACAACGUCAGUUGCUCUGUAUGGGUAGAGCGUUACUCAAGCGAGCAAAGAUCAUCGUACUCGACGAAGCAACUGCCGCCAUCGAUAUCGAAACCGACGCACUCAUUCAAAAGACCAUCAGAACAGAGUUUGCUGAUUGCACAGUACUUACCAUUGCUCACAGAAUCAACACCAUCAUCGACAGUGACAAAGUUAUGGUUUUGGAUAAAGGUGAGCUGAUUGAAUUCGAUUCACCAGAUGUAUUGAGAAACCGUACCACAAUGCCAUAUCCGACUAGCACUGCCGGUCUCUUGAUUCUACAGGGUCAAUACGAACACUACAACAUCUCGAAGCGAUUCCUCGAGAGAUUCCCUGGUUAUUUCCAACCAUACCAACCCUAUUUGUACGAUGUCUCUGCUACCUAUGUCAGUAGAACAGGUAUCAGUGCCGGUGCAUUCACCUACGGUCUAUUCGAAGAUAUGGGUGAACUCGGACCACAAAAAUUCCAACCGGUGUUCAUUGAGAUGCAAUCGGCCGAUCAAGACUACCUCCUUCGAUUCUUUGAUACUUGUCAAUCGUAUACUGAUCUGGAGAAUAGCAACUAUAUCAACGCGGACCAAAAGAAUGAAUACAUCAGUACUACAUUCCCAACUAUCGCAAACGAUAUCGCUACGAAGCUCGGAUUGCAAGAUAUCUGGGAGCCAACAUCUUCAUUGGUUUCCACCAUUUUCUCAGCAUGUUCCUAUGAUUUAUCGAUUCUUGGUGUAACCGAUCAUUGGUGCAGUCUCUUCAACGAACAAGAUAUCCUACAAUGGGAAUACGCAGAGGAUUUAUCAAACUACUGGCAAAAGAGUUAUGGUCAUAAACAAAAUUAUAUUAUUAGUUCUGUUUUAUUCCAAGAUAUGAUAAAUGGAUUUGAUACUUACAUUAAUGAUACAGAGACUUAUAAUGCAACAAAUGUAUUGAGAUUUGGUCAUGCCGAAACUAUUAUACCUUUUAUUUCAUUGUUGGGACUAUAUAAGGAUCCAUAUCCAUUACUUGCAAACCUCACACAAGAGCAAAUCAACAACCGAACAUGGAGAUCCAGCGUAAUUUCACCUUAUGCUGCUAACGUUGCUUUGUUACUCUACCAAUGUAACGAUAAUACCUUUAAGAUUAGAGUUGAUCAUAAUGAAGUUGGUGUUCAAAUACCUGGUUGUGAUAAUAUCUAUUGUGACUAUAAUCAAUUUAAAUCAGUAUUUACUGAAGCACUAUCAUUUAAUUGGACAACUUAUUGUAAUGUCCAAAGUAACAACAUCAACUCUGAUAAAAGUCAAGUAGAGAGUUUGAAGAUAUUCCUUGGUGUCUUUGUACCGAUUUCCCUACUAGUCGGAUUAAUAGUAGGUAUAGUAAUAACGAAAUUCUAUCUAAGUACACCAGGAAAUAGCUAUUUCCCAUAUAACAAAGUAUCCAAUAGACAAUAA